AUGAUUGCAGAUUGGCGAAAUGGCCAGAGCAGGAGCUACUCAAGCAGCCAGCCGGUUCUCCCGCCAGCAUCUGUGCUCACCAAGGGGACAGAGCGGGAGACGAGGGGAAACUUCACCACAGCUCCGGUGACUCUGUUUGUGUACGAGGCAGGGCAGUGGCUAUCGGGGUGUGGACUGCAGCUCGCCUUCCAUGCCAACUUCACCUUCUCCCUCUCGCCUCAAUCCGGCCGUGUGGGCUUCAACGGCUUUGCCUUUGUUAUCUCGGCAACGGACCGGGUGGGGAGAGGCACCGGUGUAGGGUAUGGUGGAAUGGACAUGCGGAGUGUGGCAGUUGAGUUUGACACUCGGCAGGACAAGCAGCACGGCGACAUGCGCAGCCAGCAUGUGGGGCUGAACCCGGGAGAUCCCGGCACCAUCCAGGUCUUCCUGGCUUACUCGAAGGAGAAGCCGCGGGAGGCAGUGCUGGAGAGGAGGCGGGCGCUGUGUGAGGUGCUGAAGGCUGGGGUUGAUCAGCACGCCUUCUUCUUUGGCUUCGUGGCCUCCACCACUGUGAAGCCGUUUCAGAAGCAUGUCAUUCUCGAGUCUACAGUGGACACAGCCUAUGGCCUGCAGCUAUUAACAAAUACGUACAUGCCAGCAUGGGCCAGCCCCUUCCCGCGCUACGUGAGUGCGGACUACCGAGUGGCGCCCGGCAAGCAGGACUCGUGGGUCGUCAGCGACUUCCACUCCUGGGACUCCGUGCCCUUCCUCGGCUGGCCCGUCAAGGACCAGGAAGACUGCAAUGCUUGUUGGGCGUUUGCGCUGGUGGCGAGUGUGGAAGCGGCAUACGGCAUUGCAACAAAUGGGGAGGCGCCGCAGCUGUCAGUGGAGUCGCUCUUUGCAGCCAUGGGUCUCACCUCCGAGGCUGACAAGUGCAGCACGGGCGGCUCCCCCACCGAGGCCCUUGAAACGCUUCUCAUGCUGCCCAAUGGCGGAAUCACAAAGGCUGGCGCACCUGUGAGUAGUGAGGCGGAGGAGUAA